AUGGGUGUCAGGAGCAACGUGACUGAGUUUAUUUUAUUUGGCCUUUUUCAGAGCAGAGAGAUGCAGCAUGCAUGCUUUGUGAUAUUCUUCCUCUUUCAUGUGCUCACUGUCCUGGGGAACCUUCUGGUCAUCACCACCAUCAAUUCCAGCAAGACCCUGAAGUCUCCCAUGUAUUUCUUCCUGAGCCACUUGUCUUUUGCUGACAUAUGUUAUCCAUCCGCUACCAUACCCAAGAUGGUUGCUGACACUUUUGUGGAGCAUAAGAUCAUCUCCUUCAAUGGCUGCAUGACCCAGCUCUUUUCUGCCCACUUCUUUGGUGGCACUGAGAUCUUCCUCCUUACAGCCAUGGCCUAUGACCGCUAUGUGGCCAUUUGUAGGCCCCUGCACUACACAACUAUCAUGGAUCGCCGGAAGUGUGGCCUGCUAGCUGGGGCCUCCUGGUUAGCUGGCUUCCUGCAUUCCAUCCUGCAGACCCUCCUUACAAUUCAGCUGCCUUUUUGUGGGCCCAAUGAGAUAGACAACUUUUUCUGUGAUGUUCAUCCCCUGCUCAAGUUGGCCUGUGCAGACACCUACAUGGUGGGUCUCAUUGUGGUGGCCAACAGUGGCAUGAUUUCCUUAGUCUCCUUCUUCAUCCUUAUCAUUUCCUAUGUUGUCAUCUUACUGAACCUACAAAGCCAGUCAUCUGAGGGCCUGCGUAAGGCUCUCUCCACAUGUGGCUCACACGUAAUCACUGUCCUUUUGGUUCUUGUGCCCCCCAUGUUCAUGUACGUUCGUCCCUCUACCACCCUGGCUGCAGACAAACUUAUCAUCCUCUUUAACAUUGUGAUGCCACCUUUGCUGAACCCUUUGAUCUAUACGCUAAGGAACAACAAAGUGAAAAAUGCCAUGAGGAAGCUGUUUAGGGUCAAGAGGAGCUUAGGGAAGAAGUGACACUCCAGAGAAUCUCAGUCCAGCCAGGAAAUUGGGACACUUUCCAUCUUGUAGCAUCUAAAAUAGACUUUGCAUUUCCAGUCUGAUGUUUGCAAUGGAAACUGUCCUCUUAGCUCUUGCUGUUAUAAUAAUCACACAUGUUCUUCAAUCCUUUAUUCAUUAAAUACAUAUUGGAUGUUUACAGUGAGUGAGAACACAAAUAAAAGUAAGACAUAAUCUUUCCCUCAAGGACAGUACAGUCCAGGAGGCUCUUAGUGUGAUAUUUAAGAGCUCAUUCAGGAAACCUGUGAGGGCCUGUGAAUGAGGGAUGUCUUGAAAGUCCAGGUAUCUCAUUGAUAAAUGAAUAAAAUCGCUACAUAAUCCCUUUGUGUUGGCUAACACAGUGCUCAAUGAAAUUCAUUCUUUUGAGAAUAAAAAGCCACUUUACUCUUAUCCCUUCAUGCUCUCAGCAGGCAGAUAAAAAAAUAAAUAAUAAAUAAUGUGGAGAGGUUAAGGGAUUUACUCGAAGUUGCACUUUAACUCCAGAGCAGGGUGAGGGCUAGAAUACAGGUCCCUAAGUUAGCUUUCAGGGCUUUUCUCACCUCAGGAUCUCUUG